CACCUUUUCUGUGCAAAUCAAAUUACCCGCUGAGUUGACCCAUUCGAAAGUGCCUUCUCGUUCUCAAUGUCUAACCCUAUGCCGGUGAACAUAAUCUCCGACGACGACACAACCCCACUUCAGUUUAAAUCCAAGAAGCAAAGAAUUAGUUUUGAUUCGAACGCUACAACAGUCUUCAUUAUCGAUGACGACCCAACUCCUCGCAAGCCAUCGCCAAGUCCCACCGCUACUUCGACGCCUUCAGUCGUACCCGAGACGCCCUCAGUUGCACCGGAGACGCCUUCAGUUGUACCAGAGACGCCCAUGGUGGAAUCCCCGAAAUCAUAUGUUCCAAUAGUCAGAUGCACCAAUGCUGUGUCGGAUCCCCAACCCAGAUUCUCUUCAUCUCCCAAUCCUAAGCCCUCUGGAUUGAUAUGUUUAGAAUCUGAUGAGGAAUAUGAAGGGUUUGGGAGCUUUCAUGAAAAACUCAAUGAGCCGAAAUCACUUACUCUAGAAGUGGAAAACAAUUUAGAAAUGCCUUCUACAUGUUCAAAAUCCUCUAUGUUACAUGAUAGCUCUUGUUUAUCACCUAUGUUAGAAGAACUACCUCAGGUUUCUGAUCAUUUUGGAGAAGAAGAUGAUAUUCAGGAUCCAACAAGUGAAACAAAGGGUAAUAAUGUAAAUAAGAAAGGAAAGACAAGUGAAGAAGAAAAAGAUCAUUUGAUGAAUGAAAAGAAACAACAAAAGGAGGAAUCUUUCAAAGGAUAUGUUCCAUUAGUGAGAUGCAACAAUUCUAUUCCAUCUUUCAAUCCUAAGCCCUCUGGAUUGAUAUGUUUAGAAUCUGAUGAUGAAUCCGAAGAAUUUGGAAACUUCCCUGAAAAAUUAAAAGAAUCCACAUCACUUCCAUGUCCAAAAUCCUCAAUCUUACAAGACAACUCUUGUUUCCCAUAUAUGUUAGAAGAUGAACCACCUCAGGUCUCCAGUCUUUCUGGAGAAGAAGAUGAUAUUGAGAAUUCGACAAUUAAAAACAUUAGUCCAAAAGGUAAAAAAACAAAGGGUAAUAAUGUAAAUAAGAAAAGGAGUAAUGGCGGAGUUACUAAGGAAGAAAAAGCUCGUUUGAUGAAUGAAAAGAAACAACAAAAGGAGCAAGAGAAGCUACAAAAAUUAGCUCUCAAGGCACAAGCUGCAGAGAUGAAGAAAAUGCAAAAAGAAAUUCAAAGUUAUGAAAAAGGAAAGUUUGCUCAAAAAUCCAUUGUAGCAAACAUCGACACUAAAGUAAUAGAACAAGGCUCAAUUGGAGGACAACUGCUUACACGGUUUGCUGAAAAAGGAAUUCAAUAUCAUAUCACUUCAAAUGCUGUUGAAAAGUCGAUUAUUUGGAACAUGUCUGUUCCAGAACACAUCACACAUGCGUUGACUCGUGGGACUGAAAUCCCAUAUGUUUUGGUGAUUUUUGAGGCUGAAGAGUUUUGCAAACUUGUGAUGGAUGAAUCUUUGUUUAUGGAUCAUGUGACACGUGUUCAAUCCAUGUAUCCAUCUCAUACCAUUUGUUACCUCACAAAUAGACUUAAUUCCUAUAUCAACAAGAGGGAACAAGAACACUACAAGAACCCUGGAAAUCAUAGUGGGUGGAGGCGUCCACCUGUGGAACAGAUGUUGUCAAAUUUAACAACACACUUUGUUGGAGUACAUUCAAGAUUAUGCACAGAUGAAUCCGAAUUAGCUGAACAUGUUACAGGUCUAACAUCCAGCCUCGCCUCUUGCCAGUUUAGGAAGAAGCUUACGCGUUUAUCGGUCAAUGCUAAUAAUGGUACCCUUAUUCCCAAAGAUGCUGACCGAUUUCUAAUAAAAAAGAACAUUUGGUUAAAAGCAUUAAUAGCAAUUCCAAAGGUACAACCACGUGCUGCCAUAGCAAUAUGGAAGAAGUAUCCAACCAUGAAGUCACUCUUGACUGUGUAUAUGGAUCCAACAAAAUCGGAGCACGAGAAAGAGUUUUUACUUGAGAAUUUGAAAACGGAAGGAGUGGUUGGAGAUAACAGAAGAUUAGGAGAGAUUUGUUCCAAAAGAAUUUAUCGGAUAUUAAUGGCUGAACGUGGGUCCACCAAAACCGAUGAUGUGGAAAAUGGUGCUGAUUUUUUUAGCCCUCAAUCAUCACAAAAAGUAAAAACUAUGUUUUAAGCAAAUGUAUCUCUGGGUUUGUUAUGUUUGUAUCUAUAUGUGAAUUCUAUGUCCCAUUCAAGAAAAUUAGUGUUGGU